CCCGCCCGUUCGCAGGGCCGGCCCUCAGCCCUCAACCUCCUUUUCCCCACAUGCCUGGGAAGCUGGGGGCAACAUGGACCUUCCUCUUGACAUCAGCUAAGCCUAAGACUCAUCCCUGGGAGGCCAUGGAGAGGGACAGCGGCAGGAAUGCUUCCCCGGCAAGGACGCCCCCAGCCCGGGCUUCUCCAGCAAGGACGUCUCCGGCUCGGGCCUCCCCAUCCAGGUCCUCAUCGGGAGGGUCAUCAUCGGCCAGGUCAGCCUCCACGACGUCCUCUCCAACAAGAGUGUGUCUUGUUAGAGCGACACCAGUGGGGGCUGUCCCAGUCCGGGCAUCUCCUGCCAGGUCAGCGCCAGCCACCAGGGCCAGAGGGGAGAGCCCAGGUCUCGGCUUGCCCAAGUUCUCCUGGCAGGAGAGCCAGAAGCAGCUGCCGCUCAUCGGGUGUGUCCUCCUCCUCAUCGCCCUCGUGGUCGCGCUCAUCCUUCUCUUCUACUUCUGGCGGGGCCACACGGGGAUCAAGUACAAGGAGCCCAUGGAGAGCUGCCCCAAGCACGCAGUUCGCUGUGAUGGGGUGGUGGACUGCAAGCUGAAGAGUGACGAGCUGGGCUGUGUGAGGUUUGACUGGGAGAAGUCUCUGCUGAAAGUCUACUCUGGGUCCUCUCAUGAGUGGCUUCCCGUCUGCAGCAGCAGCUGGAACGACUCCGACUCAGAGAAGACCUGCCGGCAGCUGGGGUUUGAAAGUGCUUACCGGACAACCGAGGUGGCCCACAGGGAUUUUGCCAGCAGUUUCUCAAUCUCUGAGUACAACUCCACCAUCCAGGAGAGCCUCCGCAGGUCUGAAUGCCCUUCCCAGCGGUACGUCUCUCUCCAGUGUUCCCACUGUGGUCUAAGAGCCAUAACCGGGAGGAUCGUGGGAGGGACGCUGACCUCAGAGAACAAGUGGCCUUGGCAAGUCAGUCUUCACUACGGCAUCACCCACAUCUGCGGCGGCACGCUCAUCGAUGCCCAGUGGGUGCUCACCGCUGCCCACUGCUUCUUUGUGACCCGGGAGAAGAUCCUGGAUGGCUGGAAGGUGUAUGCCGGGACUCACAACCUGCACCAGCUGCCUGAGGCAGCCUCCAUCUCCCAGAUCAUCAUCAAUGGCAACUACACGGAUGAGCAGGAUGACUAUGACAUUGCACUCGUGCGGCUCUCCAAGCCCCUGACCCUGUCCAGUCAUAUCCACCCUGCCUGCCUCCCCAUGUAUGGACAGACCUUCAGCCUCAACGAGACCUGCUGGAUUACGGGCUUUGGCAAGACCAAAGAGACAGAUGAGAAGACAUCCCCGUUCCUCAGGGAGGUGCAAGUGAAUCUUAUUGACUUUAAGAAAUGCAAUGACUACUCAGUGUACGACAGCUACCUUACCCCACGGAUGAUGUGUGCUGGGGACCUUCGCGGAGGCAGAGACUCUUGCCAGGGAGACAGCGGGGGGCCUCUUGUCUGCGAGCAGAACAACCGCUGGUAUCUGACAGGUGUCACCAGCUGGGGCACGGGCUGUGGCCAGAGAAACAAACCGGGUGUGUACACGAAAGUGAUGGAAGUCCUCCCCUGGAUUUACAGCAAGAUGGAGAGUGAGGUGCGCUUCCGGAAAUCCUAACCAGCUCCACCUGACGGCAUGAGCUGCUUUGAAGACUGGCCAAAGGCACUGUGCCAUGUCAAUAUCUGGGCUAAUGGUCACCAGGCACCUUCGUUAAUCCCACCUCCACUGUCUGCUGCCUCUUUGAGUGUGCGUGUGUGUGUGUGUGUGUGUGUGUGUUGUUGUUCUUCUUCUUCUUCCAAGUUCUUCAGAAACCAGGAGAGCUGUCAACUCUUCUUGGAAUCUCAGGCUGGAAGUCUUCUGGAGAUGUGAAUUUGGGCUCUGUGGAUGUUCCCAUGGGGAGUCCAUAGAUGGACAGAGGAGGCGAAGCCAGCACAGAGCCUGGGGAAGGGCCUGGAAAGUGACAUCAGGAAUUCUUGCUUCUCUAACCCUGACUAGGAAACUAGCCCAGAGUGGGCAGAUACCCAGCAUCCCACGUGACACUAUUGCUGUCCUGGGACAGAUAACGAUUUUGUUGGGAGUGCCAGCCUUUCCAUGUCUGGACCAUCCUCAGCAGAAAGCCAGUUCCAUUGGCAUCACAGCAUGGCACUCUCACUCAGACUCCUGCAUGUGGAUACCCGGAAUUGAACUACACUGUCCAGGCUGAUGACUGUGGCUCGGGCACACCGUAUUUGUUUGGUCACAAGCUAUUGGGGCAGAUUUUAUUUUAUUUUUAUAUUUAAGAAAUAGAAAUAGAUGUAUUUUAAAAGAUUCUCCAGAAGUUCCUGGGGCCUUGAGGGUUAUAACUCCAGGGGACUCAUGGGAGUUGUACCACUACUAUAUGUUCUGGCUUCAAGGAACUGGGUGAAGGGCCUUGCUGGACAUCUCCAAGGCUACAGCGACAGGAGCCCCUUUGAGAUACUCAGGGAAGCAAAUCCUCAUUUGGGGUGGCAGGAAAAUCCAACACGAAGAGAACCACAAACUGUUCCUGCCUCCGGGGCUACAGCCAAGGCAUGAAGAAAUGAAGACGUGGUUGUUGCUCCUAUUUAGCCCCAGGAGCCCCAGGGAAGUUCACAUGGGCAGCAUCCCUACUGUCCAGGACUAUCCUGGGACUGUGAGGAUUUGUUCUCAGCUUUCUCAAUCUUUCAGUUCCUUGUUGUUCCAGAAACAUAAGUCUUACUUGAAAAUGGCCAUGGAGAGAAAGGGAACAUGGCCCCCAGGCCCUCCAAACAGCGUCCCUGGGGGAUCUGAGCAGGCCCUGCUCCUGCAGGCCAUCAGUGCGGCUGGCCUCCUUACUAACUGAAGGCCUGGGGCUUCCCCGAGCUUUUCUCUGGGGUACCUCCCCAGCCCUACUCUUACCCUUCUGGGGCCAUCUAGGCCCCUGUGGUGCUGUGAUCUUCAGAGGCAGGUCAAGCAGAUCAGCCCAGCCCAGUCGAGGCAGGCAGCCACCCAGGGAAGAGACAACCCUGGAAGGGCAGGCUGGCGGUGGCCAGAAUUUGAUGAGGCUGGGUAUAUGGGGACUGUUAUCAAGACUGGGGUGAAGGGCAGCACCCAGCAAUAAAAGUUGUGUGACCUGCAGAAGUGGUUGUGUGUUUUACUGGCCACCUAGGUAGAACAUCAGGGUUGCCCACCGCUGUCCAGACAUCUCAGUCACAGAUCUUAGUUUGGGUUCCUCUCUUUGGGUUCUGCUCACUUAGUCACACAUCCAUUCAUGUACCUGUUCAUAGGUUGUAUGAGCGUCUACUCCACUAGGUCCUUGUGCUGGGCCCAGGAGGUUCAGAGACAACAGACUCCUCCAGGACCUGGGUCAUGACCCAGGGUGAUGGCAGCCCUGGUGGAGUGUGGAUACCAUGCUUGGAACAUGAACAAGGAGUCUUCUGGGCACACCUAGAGAGGUCAGGGAGGCUUUGCAGAGGAGG